AUGCUUCAUCCUAUGGAAUUGGAGCUGUCAUUUCACAUACUUUCCCUGAUGGUGCAGAGAGACCUAUUGCAUUUGCCUCGAGGUCAUUAUUGCCAGCCGAACGGAAUUAUUCUCAAUUGGACAAGGAGGAAAUUUGUUCUGAUCACUAAUCACAACCCGCUGACAACUAUUCUGGGUCAGAAACAGAAGGUACCAUCAAUAGCAGCGGCACGGCUACAGAGGUGGGCUUUACUGUUAUUCGCAUACAAAUACCUUAAAAUAACUGUGCCAGAGGAGGUGAGCUCAGCAGAAGGUAGGAAGGUGAAUCUCACUCAGCUUACCGCUCUUCCUGUUACUAGCAAGGAAUUAGCAAGAGAAACCAAGAAGGACCUAUUGUUGUCAAAGGUUUUCAGGUAUACAAUGCAAGGCUGGCCUCCCACAGUAGGAUCCGACUUACUACCAUUUUUCCGAAAACGAGUCGAGAUAUCAAUAGAAGAUGGUUGUCUUUUAUGGGGAAUAAGGGCAAUAAUUCCCUCUAGCUUGCAAGACCAGCUCUUAGAUGAACUCCAUGUAUCCCAUAUUGGAAUUGUCAAAAUGAAAGCAUUAGCUCGACAAUACAUGUGGUGGCCGAAGAUUGAUGCUGCUAUAGAGCAACAAGCAAGGUCUUGUCAGGCAUGUCAAGUAACUGGAAAGUUACCUCCAUGGGUAACCCCACGUUCAUGGAACUGGCCAAGCAAACCAUUCCAACGCAUUCACGUGGAUUUUACGGGACCAUUUAUGGGUCACAUGUUUUUAUUGAUCAUUGAUGCAUAUUUGAAAUGGCUGGAGGUUUAUAGAAUGUCCAGCACAACCACUGAAAGGACAAUCGACGUGUUUUGA